AUGGUAUCCGCUGGCAUUCGUCGCGUGCCCUCCGGGAUAGCGGAGACCCGGGUUCCUGCUAGAAUAUUGCCGCCCACUCCAGUGUUGCCCCAGCCCCCGAAACUGUGUUACUUCCCACAGCUUCUGUUCGGGUUUUGGAUUCGGAUGGCAACACUGUGUUCGCUCGAGCUCUGUUACAUUCCGGUGACGUACAUUCGGUCAUUGUCGUCAGACUUACGGCUAGCGGACCCCAAGUUUGACACAACGGGGCCAGUAGACGUUCUACUUGGGGCAGAUGUAUUGGGGAAGCUGUUCCUGACUGGGAAGCGCGUUCUUCAUGCCGAGGGUCUGGUUGCGAUGGACACCAAAUUAGGGAAUGUACUGCUAGGCCUGCGUUCCAAUAGGUCACUACGGGGGAAUCAGACAAUGUCGUGGUCGGGUAUACGCUUUCGGAAGCAGUCCAUUCCCAAGAAGAGUCGCUACGGUGCAGCCUCAAAUGGGAGAUCUGCCUCCGGAUCGGGUGAAGGAGAUGAGGCCCGUUUUCUGGAGUUGGUAGGUACUGACUUCGCUGGGCCCUUCAUGAUCAAGGCUUCACGUUUGUGGAAUUUAAGGUUGGUCAAGGCUUGUCUGUUUGUCUUUCUCUGUCUGACCAAGGCUGUGCACCUUGAGGUAGUUGCCGACCUUACGACUGAAGCCUUUAUUUUCCGCGUGUCUGCCGCGCUGCCACCGUACAUCAGCAUUCCUUACUUUCCCUGCCAAAUCCUCACCCAGAAACCUUCCCUCCUGAACGGCGAUACGACGAGGACAGAGGAAUACAGG